AUGUUCAGCCUCCCGAAACAACCACACCGCGACGGCGAAUCCACCUCAGAAGAUAAUCCACUGAUACUCCACGACUCCCCCUCCGACUUCAGCGCCCUUUGUUCGGCUUUGAGCGCUCCACCUCUGGUGAUCCUGGCACAGAGUGAUCCUCUGAAAGUCAACAUUCGGGCUCUUAUUGGCAUUUUCCACAUUGCCAACAAGUAUCAAUUUGUCGAAUACGAAAACUGGGCAAGCCAAUUGCUUACAUCACAUAGCUGCGCGAAUGGUGGGACGGCCUUCGAAAAAUGCACCAUAGAAGACCUCAAACGAAUCCUUUGCGUGGCAUCUGCCAUUCGACUGGGUUCAUUAAUAAGCAACAUGAUUUCCAUAUGGCUCAGACGCUUGCGAAGUGAUCCAACGCUCUCUACCAAAGACGCGCUCAACUUCUCAGAGAGCCUCAACCUCCGCAACUUCCAGGGGCAUGUGUAUUAUGCGGAAGUGGCGCGCAUGAAAAUACCACCUCACGCCACCAAAGCAGCCGGCGUUACCUUCCCCGUAAACGGCUUCAACGACGCACAAAACCAAUGCCUCUACCGAGGAUUUUGGCGCUUGACUGCCUUCUGGGAGAGCCUUAAAGUUCCCAUUUUCAAGCCAGAUCCUCCACCAGCCCAUACAGAGUGUAUCCAGCGCUGGCAAUCGAUGUGGAUGCCCGAUCCGAACAACAACGCUCUUCUUGACCCUCUGGGGAGGCUCCAGAGGCUUUCCGGUGUGAACCUUCUGUUUAUAUCCUGUGGUAUCACACAUUGUUUGAAGGAUAGCAAGAGCUGGACAUGUCCGUUUGCUGACUACGCGCCAAAGCUAUCUCAAGAGCUCCAUUCUGGAAUGGCGGAUUAUAUCUUAGGUCCUCCAGCCCCCUCUAGUGCGGAAUCUCUCGUCUCAUAA